AUGACGACUGGUAACAAACUGGUAAAGUUGCUUGAGGAUAUCAUGGAUGGCAGCAGAACACUGAUAUUCAUGGAAACUAAGAAAGGAUGUGAUCAGAUCACUCGACAACUUCGCAUGGAUGGUUGGCCUACUCUCUCAAUUCAUGGAGACAAAAGUCAAGCAGAAAGGGAUUUGGUCCUCUCUGAGUUUAAAGCCGACAAGAGCCCCAUAAUGACUGCAACAGAUAUUGCUGCUCAUGGUCUAGGUAUGGAAAUAAUUUCUUUUAAGUUUGUCAAAAGACUUGAAAGGAAUUCUUGUUUUGUGUAA